CUUACACGCCCGUCUUCUCGUGCCCGCACGCCUUACCUGCAAAGCCCUAGCUUCCGGCUGCGUCACCCCCUCCCUACACCUUGUCGUCGCCGACCGUCUGUCCCGAUGGCCACGUCGCCGCCCUCGUCGCCUGUACGAGCCACUCCUGCGUCCAUCUUGUCGAUAAGAGGAUGUCGCCCUCGCCCUCUCGCUUACACACUACCUGCUGUCUCGCUCGCAUGCCGCUCCACUUACCCGCCGUCUCAUCUGCCCACUAUCUCGCUCCCACUGUCAUUGUUGAUUGUCUUCAUUUUUCUCCUCGCCGUCUCUCUCGCGCACUGGUCCUCUCGUGCACUGUUCCUCUCGCCCAUGUUUUCUCUCACCUGCGGCCCUGCUCACCUGCCGUCUCGCUUUCUAGCUGUCACCCUAUUCCCAUUGCACGCCCCUGCCGUCUCGCAGGCCCGCCGUCUCAUAGGCCCAUCAUCUCGCAGUCCUGUCAUCUCGCAGGCCCGCCAUCUCGCUCUCCCGCCCGCAGUCCCUCCCGCCCGCCGUCUCGCUCGCUCCUCAUCUCGUCGUACUCUUACUCUUUGCCCGCCGUCUCGCUCGCCCGCGUCUCGCUCACCUGUCAUCUCGCCUGCGCGCAGUCUCAUCUGUUGUCUCGCCUGCAUGAUCUUGCCUGUGUCCUCUUGCCCACGCCCUCUCGCCUACAUCCUCACAUAACUGCUAUUGCACAUUCCAGGUGCAGAUCUACCAGAAAUGCCUGUUCCUUGUCGGGCACCCGUCGGACGGUUCCGCACCGAAGGAAAAGACGCUGAAGGGUCACUUCAAAGCGCCCUCAUUCCCUUCUAGUGUUCUGCGAUCAUGAGUGAAUCUCCGCGGUGCGACUUCCUCGACUUAGCUGAUCCGUCGACAGUCCCGCCUCCCAUCGAGGGCGACCUGCCGUUGCAGAGCAGCAGUGCGGGAGCAGACACUAAAGGCGCGAGGGUUGUCUUAUCGGUGAAGCGGACAAAGGAACUCGAGCGGGAAGCCAAGGAGAAAGAGUAUGCUGAUGGUCAGCAUCCAAACAUGAUCGACGGUGUCUAGCAUUGC